AUGCCGAAGGCUAUCAAACCAAAGAAGCGCAACAAUGCGCAAAGCGACGCAGCUGCAAAGACCUCGGCGGCCCACAGUAUCUUCAAGAUGAACACAGAUAUCGGUCAGCACGUUUUGAAAAAUCCGGGUAUUGCAGAGCAGAUCGUCCUUAAAGCCGAGCUCAAGCAGAGCGAUGUUGUUCUUGAAAUCGGUCCUGGUACUGGAAACUUGACCACCAAAAUCCUAGACCACGCCAAGAAGGUUAUUGCAGUGGAAUUGGAUCCUCGCAUGGCGGCCGAAGUUACCAAGCGUUUCCAGGGUACUCCAGCGCAGAAGCGUCUGGACGUGAUUCUUGGAGACGUGAUGAAGACCGAGCUCCCUUACUUUGAUGUCUGCAUUAGCAACACACCCUACCAGAUUUCCUCCCCUCUUACAUUCAAGCUUUUGGCUACAUUGCCAGCUCCUCGUGUUUGCAUUCUCAUGUUCCAGCGUGAAUUCGCUCUGCGUCUGUUCGCCAAACCUGGUGACAAGCUCUACAGUCGACUUUCCGUGAACGCACAAAUGUGGGCCAAGAUCGAUCACAUUAUGAAGGUUGGCAAGAACAACUUCAAACCUCCGCCCCUGGUCGAGUCCAGUGUCAUUCGCAUGGUCCCCAAGGUUCCGCGGCCGCAGGUUAACUAUGAGGAGUGGGAUGGAAUGUUGCGCAUUGCAUUUGUUCGAAAGAACAAGACAUUGCGCGCCAGUUUCUUGGGAACUACUAGCAUCGUCAACAUGCUGGAAGCGAACUAUCGGACCUGGUGUGCUCAGAACGAUAUCCCUGUAGAGGAUGGCCCCGCUGAGGAUGCCGACGGCGAUACGAUGGAUAUGGGCGAUGAAGAUGAGGCUGACGUGGAGGAAGCGGAGGAGGUCAUGGAAAUGGAUGAUGACGAUGACGUGCCGGAUUUCUUCAAAGAGGAGACUAACGCUCGUCUCCAACAAGCACUCAAGAACAAGACCUCACGGAAGAAGCGAGGAAAGGUUUCGGAGUUGGUGCGCGAAAAGGUGCGCCAGGUGCUGGAGGACGACACUGGCCUGGCUGAUAAGCGCGCAAGAAUGUGUGAUGAGAACGAAUUUUUGAAAAUGCUGUGGGCCUUCAACCAGAAGGGAAUCCACUUCAACUGA